CUAGGCAGAUUCCACUGCAACGCGCACGCGCACGCCCACGCCCACGGUGUCUGCUUCUCGUCCUCGCCCAGACGCCCACCAUCGCCAAAAAAGCGAGGAGAGGAUUCCUCGAGAGGGAGGAGAAGCGUGCCCGGCAGCUCUGCUCCACCCGCCCUCGAGAAUGUCCGACGAGGCCAGGCGCGGGGCCGGGGGCGCCGCGCAGGCGGCGCUCCGGGCCUCCUCCGAGGACCGCAAGCCGGUGGGCGCGGGGUCCCCGCCGCCGGCCGCGGCGGGGCACAAGAUCCAGCUCAAGAGCGCCGAUAUGAAGGAGGAGAUGCGGCAGGAGGCCUUCGAAAUCGCCCGCAUCGCGUUCGAGAAGCACACCAUGGAGAAGGACAUCGCGGAGUACAUCAAGAAGGAGUUCGACAAGAACCACGGCCCAACCUGGCACUGCAUCGUCGGCCGCAACUUCGGUUCGUAUGUAACGCAUGAGACAAACUACUUUGUAUACUUCUACAUCGAUUCCAAAGCCGUCUUGCUAUUCAAGUCUGGGUGAUUGGCACAGCCAAUGCGAUCACCCUUGCAUGCCUACAUCCGGUUACUCUCCUGUAUGUCCCCCUUUUCUCUGAGUCGUCUGCAGCCAAGCUGGAAGCCGGUAAGGCGAUAAUCUUAUGAGUCUUCAUGUUGAUGUAUCAGCGACGGAUUGUCCUCCGUGUUCCAGCAGUGUGAGAUCAGAUUGUGUAUCUGUUUUGCGUCUGAUAUAUCUAGGUGUUGUGAGGACGUUGUCUUAUUGCAAUAUGAUUGCCCAAAAAAUUGGACGAACCCUCCGAUCUGUUUGAGAUUUGCUUUGGAAGCAGCUCUUGCUCACGCCCAAUGCUUGUGGUUCUUACUGUGGGUGUUAAUGGGUAGUUUGUGGCCCAUGUGUGGUGAUCUGUAUCUGUAUGGGCUGUGUAUGUUUGCAUUCCUUCAGAUUUCUGUGGUCCAGAUGAUAAUCUGUUUGCACAUA